GAAUCUUAAGCCUUCGCCAGCCUGGGCCCAAUGGUGAUGGUCAAGCGCGGCGCUCUCGCGGCGGCGGCGCUGUUCUCCGCCUGCGACGCGAUCCACCGCGUCCCGCCUGUGCAGGACGAUCAGCGCUUGCUGGGCGGCCGCCAUGCUGCGAACGAGACGAGGACGAUCGGAGACCAAGACGAUGAACGUGAAGGGGCACACCGUCAGCGAGGUGUCCGCGAGCUGGACGGGCAACGUCGUGUACGCCAUAUUCACCAGCGCCAUCCCCAGGUACCACGAGGCGCUGCUCUCCCAGCUGGAGUCGUGGGCGGAGCGCCCCGCGAAGCAGGGCAGGUACGUCGCCGUGGGCGGCGACAACUACCCGGACGACUGGCAGAGCAAGAACGUCUUGAGGUCGGAGUGCAGGGACGACAUGGCGGGGAUCUCGUGCAAGGAGGCCACCCUGCUGUCGGAGGGCGCGGCGCGCGGGGCGGAUUGGCUGUACAUCAUCGGCGAGGACAACUACGUGAACACCAAGAAUGUCGAGAAGUGGCUCGAGGAUAAGGACCCAGACAGCGCCGUCGCCUACGGCAUCGUCGGGUGCGGGAGAGGCCUGUUCUGCCAGGACGUCGCGGCCUACAACGCGCACGGCGGCUUCUGCGGGGGCGGCGGCUACAUCAUCAGCCGCGCCGCCCUGCAGAGCCUCCUGGC